AUGUCUUUUCUACGGCGACCGUUUAAAAGUCGCGGCAGUGAAGACAGCGUCGAUGCGAAUUCGGGCCAUGAAUCGGACGUUACCGAUGGAAGCCUUCACUAUGUCGUCGAGAAGGGCGGAAACAACUCGGGCCCCUCUUGCCAGGAGGCAACCGGUGCUCCAGUUGAGACGAGUUCACCGUUAGGAUAUGCUGUCGGGCCCGUCACUAUCGUCUUUCUCAAUGUGAGCAAGAUGAUCGGAACUGGCGUCUACUCAACCCCCUCCGCCAUCCUCAAGGGCACUGGUUCAGUCGGGCUGAGUAUGAUCUACUGGGCCCUGGGAUUCCUGACUUCCAUCGCCUCCUUUUCAGUAUAUCUCGAAUUCGCUUCGUACUUCCCAAACAGAUCCGGCUCCGAGGUAGUGUAUCUGGAACAGGCAUAUCCGCGACCGAAGUGGUUGUUUCCCACGGCGGUCGCCUUCCAGUCUGUGGCACUGUCUUUCAGCAGUGGCAAUGCUAUCGUCCUUUCUCAGUAUCUGUUCAAAGUAGCUGGGUCGACUCCAGGGCCCUGGCAGUUGAAGGGUGUGGCGGUGGCUGGGUACACUGUCGCCACAUUAGCGACGGCUUACGGCUUGACGAAUGCUCUUUACAGAAUCAUUUUCUCGUAUGCCGGUUUCGAGAAUGCCUUCAAUGUCGUGAAUGAGGUUAAGAACCCGGUGAAACAAAUCAGGAAGUACGGGUGGAUUUCUCUUGGCAUCGUGACUGUUCUCUACAUUCUAGCCAACAUUGCAUACUUCGCCGCCGUACCGAAAGCGGACUUGACAGCAGCCGAACAGAUCGCAGCAAGUCUAUUCUUCGCCAACGUUUUCGGUUCCAGCGGCGCGGUCAGAGGGCUCAAUUUCCUCAUUGCCUUGAGCUCCUUCGGCAAUCUCCUAACCGUGCUGAUCGGAUCUUCCCGAAUGUUACGAGAAUGUGGAAGACAAGGUGUUCUGCCCUAUCCUCGAUUCUGGGCAUCAACAAGACCUUUUGGCACGACCCUGGGUCCUUAUCUCGUCAAAUACAUCUUGACUAUAAUUAUGAUUGUCGCUCCUCCCGCCGGCGACGCUUUCAACUUUAUCGCCGACCUCCAAGUCUACCCUUCCGCAUUCUUCGGUUUCGUCAUGUCAGUGGGGCUCUACGUCGUGCGCUGGCGUCGCAGUCGCCUCAAUCUUCCUCCGCCUGAGUUCAAAGCAUGGGACGUCAUUAUCAUCUUCAACAUCGCAAAGGACUUGUAUCUCCUCAUUAUGCCUUGGUAUCCCCCUGAGGGUGGCGUAUUUGCCGGCGAUGUGAGCUUCUGGUAUGCUACAUAUGUCGUUGCCGGCAUCGGCAUUCUUCUUGGAUGUGGUGUGUACUACUGGCUUUGGAUCUAUGUGGUCCCGAAGGCGAGGGGCUACCGCAUUAGGCAGCAGGUCUUGGAGCUGGCCGACGGCGCUCAGAGUCACAAGCUUGUCAAAGUCCCGGUUGGCGACUUAGCUGAAUGGGAUGCCACGCACGAUCACGUUGGACGGCCGUUGCAGCAAGUUCCAAGUGUUCCAGGAUCCGAGGAAGAAAAGAAGCCAGCAGCUGUGUGA